GCCUGGAGCAGGGCUUCGAUGAGGACGAGCUGCUGGCUCUCGAGCUCGGCGUCAGCAGCACUGCUGGCCUGUCGGAAGCCCAAAAGGUGUACAAGGACAAGAUCAAACAAAAGUUAGCAAAGCGCGCAGCGGAGCUCAAGGCGGAGGAGGAGGCCGUUAAAGAGCGGCUCGCACGCAAUCUCGAACUGGGCAAACGGGCUUAUGAAUGCGGCGAAUACCCGGCAUCGGUUCGGCUGCUGGAGCAGGCAGUGAAGGACGUGGGUGCGGACACUGUCCUGGGAGGAGAGGCGCAGCUUUGGCUGGGCUUAUCCUACCAGGCCUGCGGGAGGGAGAAGGACGCCAUCGAGCUAUACAAGGACAUUGAGGCAAGCCACCCUAGCCGGAAGGUCAAGAAGCAGGCAGCUGACCUACGCUAUAUCUUGGAAGCUCCGCGCCUGGAAAUAAGCGAAGACGAGCGCGUCAAGAUUCCCUUGAUUCAGAGUGAUAGCUGGCGGCAAAAGGAGCGGGCGUCGUACUCUCCAAAGUACAACCGUCCACCGGCAGCAACCAAGAAGGACGAGACCUACUGGGAUCGUGUCUCUUUGGACGCCCCGGAUCCAUUGGCAAUGCUACCUGACAAGUGGUAUGUGCGGGUGGCAUUCGCGAUCGUGCUGCUGGGUGCAACCAUUUAUGUCAAUUACGCAGCGACGGGGAAAUGA